AAUAUAUCAACGGUCACACUGAUCAGCAGCAGAUAUUUUCGUAUGUAAAACGCAUUAAAAACUUAUAGUAGUGUAAAUAUUCUAGAGUUCAAAUGUGUAUCUAUGUUUGUUCCUUAGUUGCAUAAAUGAACAGCGGCUGGCAAUAAUACGCAGCAAAAUGCUCGACCUGUGAAAAUCAACUGAAUACCUUCAUUCACCUGGCGGGGGUGUGUAUGUGUGUGUGUGUUUGUGGGGGAUGUUAAGUGAAUCACAAUCACAAUCACACAAUUAAAAAAACGCUGCAAAAAUGUACCAAAGCGCCUGCAAUGCAGCCACAACUGGCUCGUGUGUGCCCGGUGCUGGCAAUCAAAUGGAUACCGAUCGUCAGGCGGCACUGAUAGCCCAACAGCCACCCACAGCGCCCGUGGAGCCUGACUACAGUGGCUUCGAUAUCGUUAAGGCCACACAGUAUGGUGCGAUAGCACGUGUCCGGGAACUGGUGGAAUCUGGCUGGGAUGUCAAUCAGCCUGAUAGUGAAACGGUCACGCUACUCCAUUGGGCAGCCAUUAACAAUCGCAGAGAUAUUAUACGAUAUUUUCUGGAAAAAGGCGCCACUGUGGAUGCCGUUGGCGGUGAACUCAACGCUACGCCGCUGCAUUGGGCCACACGGCAGGGUCACCUAGGAGCUGUUGUGCUGCUCAUGGCGGCAGGCGCAGAUCCGCGCAUACGCGAUGCAGAGGGCUGCUCCUGCAUACACAUUGCCGCACAGUUCGCACACACUGCCUUGGUGGCCUACUUCAUAGCCAAGGGAGUGGAUCCGGACUUGCAGGAUCGAGGCGGCAUGACGGCACUCAUGUGGGCUGCCUGGAAGGUAUGUGCUCUGGAUCCUGUGCGGCUGCUGCUCACGUUGGGCGCCAAUCCCGCCAUGGUUGACUACACACAUGGCAAUACGGCAUUGCACUGGGCAAUAUUGGCGCGCAAUUCCACGGCCAUUUCCACGUUGGUGCUGAAGUCGAAAGCUUCGCUGGAUGUGCCUAAUUUGCGUGCCGAGACGCCGCUAUCGAUGCUGGAAGCACAGGCCGGUGCCAUCUGGAUUGGCGCCAAGGUAAUGGAUCGGGUCAAAGAGGCAGCAUUGACGUCCCAGCAGCGACGAUCUCUCGUCUCAAAGCUACGCCAUGACAAACGCUUGCGCUGGUGGUCGAUGGUCGCCUGUCCAUUUACAGCCUUCUAUCUGGCUGGCAUCGUCUUCACCAUCAACACGCUGUACAUUAUCAAAUUUUUCCUGCUGGGUUGCCUGUAUGCUAUAUUCCAUACCAUUGGCAAAACGCUAUUCGAUGAGCAUCUGAUGGCGCUGCUGCCGCUGUCCGUUUAUCUUGCGACCAAGGCCUGGUUCUAUGUCACCUGGCUGAUGUAUAUCGAUGAUGCUGUGUCCCUGGCAAAUACUGUGUGCUUCCUUAUCAGCUCGCUGGCGCUUUGGGUAUGCUUCCUAAAGUCUUGGAAGGGUGAUCCGGGCAUUAUACGACCCACCAGAGAGCAGCGAUUCAAGACGAUAAUUGAGCUGUCGGAGCGCGGUGGAAUUGGCUUCGAGCCCGCCUCCUUCUGCUCGGGCUGCUUGGUACGGCGUCCCAUACGGUCGAAGCACUGCUCCGUGUGCGAUCGCUGUGUAGCACGCUUCGAUCAUCAUUGUCCCUGGGUGGGCAACUGCAUUGGUCUCAAAAAUCAUAGCUACUUCAUGGGCUUUCUCUGGAUGCUAUUGAUUAUGUGCGGCUGGAUGCUCUACGGCGGCUCCAAGUUCUAUGUGAACGAGUGUAAUGUGCACUUUGACGAUUUCCUUGCCGCCAUGCGAGCCAUUGGCAAUUGCAAUGCCUGGGUGGGCUGGGUCAUGGGCAAUGCAUUGCUGCACAUGUCCUGGGUCAUAUUGCUCACCGUUUGCCAGACGUAUCAAGUGGUUUGCCUCGGCAUGACCACCAAUGAGCGCAUGAAUCGUGGUCGCUACCGUCACUUCCAGGCAAAGGGCGGACAGAGCCCGUUUACGCGUGGACCGCUACUCAAUUUAAUUGACUUCCUGGAAUGCAGUUGCUUUGGCUUGGUGCAGCCGCGACGCAUCGAUUGGAUGAACUACUAUGACUACGAUGCCCAGGUGCAUCAGACAAUUGAAAAGGAGCCGCUGCUGCGUGCCGAAGGUGCCGAUGCCGAUGGACUGAUCGGGGAUCAUCAGUAUGUGUAGGACAAAUCCUAUCGGGAUGCGAAGACGCUUCAAAUGCCCAUUGCGCAUGUCUAACAACGAUUCGUGUGCUAAUAACAAAAAGACAAUGCUUUAGAUUUAUAUAUACAUAUAUAUUUAUAUAUAUGCCCACCCGAUUAGCUUCGUAUUAUUAUGUUUUUAGUGAUUUGUAAUUGGAACGCGCUGCUGCAAACACAACGAUUUAAUAACAACAAAAUAUAUAAAGACAAAAGACAGAAGCGUCGUCGCUGACCGAUAUCGGAUCCAGUAAAUGGGGCCUUUAUGGCCCCACACACAAACAAACAACUACGUACAUUUAUUGUGCAUGUAUUUUACCUGUAAUUACUAAACUUUGUACAUUUUUCAGCACAUUUCUUAAUUUAAAUCACACACAAAUCUUUUUUAACUUCACUCUCAAGUAUUUGUUAUACCAAAAAAAAAAAAAAAAAAAAAAAAAAAAAAAAACAAAGAAAAAAAAAAAAGAAAAACCGAACAAAAGAUGUAACUAAUGCAACAAAAUCAAAACAAAAGAGAACAUGGAAAUUAUUUAAAAAUGACCGAUAUCGGAUCCAGUAAACUUAAACUUUAAACUUUCAAUUUACACACAAUUCAAAUUUCUAAAAAAAAAAAAAAAAGCGCACAGUUGAAAACAAAAACAAAAUACGAAACUUUAAAUAAAAACAUGUAUUACAAUUUAUAAAUGAUGUGUAUUCAAGAAGCAAGAUUAAAGUAACAUGAAAUUCUAGCAGUUGCCUUUGUGUUAGCUUGGUUCGCCAAUGUUUAAGCAACUAAAAAAACCAAAAAGAACAAACACCAAACAAAUACUUUAAUUAUAUAUAUAUAUAUACACAUAUGUGGCAAAAACAAAGCGAUUUGCAUACUUAAUGGAAACUUCAAUUCUAAACGCGACCCAAUUCAAUAUGCACUAGUCUAGUCAGCAAUCAUUUAAGUAAAAUGUUAUAGUGCAACAACAACAACCGACAUAUAAACAAUAUUGCAUAUUACAAUAUACUAAAUAUACAUAUUUAUAUAUAUAUAGAGAAAGAUAUAUACAUAUUAUAUACAUAUAGUUAUGAAAUUAUGUACACCUACGAUCCAAGUAUCAAAGAAUGAAGGAAUUUCUUUAAGUCCAGCAACCUGACAACAAAAAUUCAACGCGUAGCUAAAAAAUAUAGAUAUAUCUCUAUAUAUACAUA